AUGACGAUGCCGCUUGGCGACUGCGCUACUCUCCAACCGUCUAAAAGAAGCGAAAUUGUUCCCAGACCAGUCGCUCUGUUCUAUUGGGCUUCCACGACAUGCUUCCCCACUCGAAAAGGGCACACGGACGUCCUUGCUGGACCCCAGCGAAACCGCCCCAUCGGCCGCCUCCUCAUGUACCGCUGGGUGCUUGUUGCACUGGCUGAUGUCAUGAGCCAGGUGAUCGGCAGUUGGAUGAGCGAAAGGAAUACGGUCACCGUGUUGCACGGUGCAGGAGGCUACUGA